AAUGCUUUCGAUAUCCAACGUGCCUGUAUAUGCUUUAUGUGAUACCGGAGCCACUCAUUCUUUUAUUUCUACUCGUUGCUUGGAGGCUUUGUCCAUUAGUAAUGUGUGCCCUUGUGACCCUCUCGAGGUUAGUCUAGUCUCGGGGAAGAUUAUUAUUUCUGAUUCUAUGAUUCUCAGUCUUCCAGUCAGUAUUGGUGGGCAUAUGUUCGAGGCCAGUGUUUAUGUGAUUAAAAUGCGGGACUUCAAUGUGAUCUUGGGCAUGGACUGUCUCUCCCGCUAUCGAGCCGACAUCCAGUGCCAGGAGCGCGAAGUCACUCUCUUUCCCGCUUCUGAUCAGCCGAUUGUAUUCUUUGGGGUGAAGUCGAGGACUGUGCCUCGAGUCAUUUCUUCUAUGCAAGCUAGGAAGAGACUUUCCAAGGCGAGUUCUACUGUUUGCGAAUUCCUUGAUGUUUUUCCUGAUGAGCUGCCCGGAGGACCACCUGACCGCCAGGUGGAGUUCACCAUUGACUUAGUACCGGGAGCUGGCCCCGUGUCUAAGGCCCCUUACCGUAUGGCGCCGAAGGAGCUUUUAGAGCUCAAGGCUCAGAUCCAGGAAUUGCUCAGGCUCGGUUUUAUUCGACCGAGUGUUUCGCCGUGGGGUGCGCCCGUCCUAUUCGUGAAGAAGAAAGACAGAUCCAUGCAUAUGUGUAUUGACUAUCGGGAGCUGAAUACCCUUAUAGUCAAGAACAAGUACCCCCUUCCUCGUAUUAAGGAUCUCUUCGACCAACUGAGACGAGCCAGCGUCUUCUCUAAGAUCGAUUUGCGGUCUAGCUAUCAUCAGCUAAAGAUCCGGGAGUCGGAUAUUUCUAAGACUGCUUUCCGUACCCGCUAUGGCCACUAUGAUUUCAUAGUCAUGCCGUUCAAACUCAGCAAUGCCCCAACAGUUUUUAUGGACCUUAUGAACAGGGUCUUUCAUCCUUUCUUAGACCAGUUUGUCAUUGUGUUUAUCGACGACAUCCUGGUCUCUUCCCGAGAUAUCGACCAGCAAAAUGAGCAUCUAAGGAUUGUGCUAGAAACCCUUCGCCGCGAGAAGUUGUAUGCCAAAUUUUUGAAGUGCGAGUUCUGGUUAGACCGUGUGGCGUUCCUUAGCCACAUUGUGACGGCGAGAGGCAUUGAGGUGGAUCUCGGAAAGAUCGAGGCGGUGAGCAAGUGGGAUACACCAAGAAGUGCCGCUGAUGUUCGUAGCUUCCUGGGGUUAGCAGGAUACUACCGGAGGUUUAUCGAGGACUACUCGAAGAUAGCCCAACCACUAACCAACCUUACGAAGAAGGCCGUGAGGUUUGAUUGGAGUCAGAAGUACGAGGAGAAUUUCCAGGAGUUGAAGAGGAGACUCAGUACCGCGCCCGUCUUGUCCAUACCUGACCCUACUUUUGAUUUCACGAUCUAUAGUGAUGCUUCGAAGAUGGGCUUGGGUUGUGUUCUCAUGCAGCAAGGGAGAGUCGUGGCCUAUGGUUCGAGGCAGCUGAAGCCUCACGAGCAGAACUACCCCACUCAUGAUCUUGAGUUAGCUACAGUCGUUCACGCCUUGAAGAUUUGGCGGCACUACCUCCACGGAGGCAAGUGUAAGAUUUUUACUGACCACAAGAGCCUAAAGUACAUUUUCACUCAGAAGGAGCUGAACAUGCGACAACGUAGGUGGUUGGAGCUG